CCAUCAGCAUCAGGACCAUCAGCAUCUCUCUCUCUCUCUGUCUGUCUCUCUGGUCACAUGUUAACACUCCUGCGCGUAUGUUGCGCAUCAGAGUUGCCAAAGUGAUUUAUGUCGCCUUCCAGCAGCAGCAGACUGAAGCAGCAGCAGACUGAAACAGACUGAAGCAGAUCCGACUGAGAGGACACUUGAGGAAUGGCCUCUGAACGCGAUGAGUCCAACUCCACCAGGAAUCUGACCAACCAGUUCGUGCAGCCUGCCUGGCGCAUCGUUCUCUGGUCGGUCGCCUACAGCUCGGUGCUGGCGGUGGCUGUGUUUGGAAACCUCAUCGUGAUUUGGAUCAUUCUGGCGCACAAGAGGAUGAGAACCGUCACCAACUAUUUCCUGCUGAACUUGGCUUUCUCCGACGUGUCCAUGGCUGCCUUCAACACGCUCAUCAACUUCGUGUACGCGGCUCACGGAGAGUGGUACUUUGGAGAGGUUUACUGCAGGUUUCACAACUUCUUCCCGGUCACCGCUGUGUUCGCCAGCAUCUACUCCAUGACAGCCAUAGCCAUCGACAGGUACAUGGCCAUCAUCCAUCCCCUGAAGCCUCGUCUGUCGGCGAAGGCCACCACCGGAGUCAUCGUCUGUAUCUGGAGUCUGGCCGUGGUUCUGGCCUUCCCUCUAGGCUACUUCUCCACCACCCGAACUCUGCCCCGCAGGACCGUCUGCUACGUGGCCUGGCCCCGCAUGGCCGACGACCCCUUCAUGUAUCAUAUCAUAGUGACAGUUCUGGUCUACAUGCUGCCGUUAGUGGUGAUGGGCAUCACUUACACCAUCGUGGGGGUGACUCUGUGGGGAGGGGAGAUCCCAGGAGACUCAGCUGAUAACUAUCAUGGACAGCUCAGAGCCAAACGCAAGGUGGUGAAGAUGAUGAUCAUUGUUGUGUCGACCUUUGCCCUCUGCUGGCUCCCCUAUCACGUCUACUUCAUUGUGACGGGUCUCAACAAGCGUCUGAGCAAGUGGAAGUACAUCCAGCAGGUUUACCUGUCGGUGCUGUGGCUGGCAAUGAGCUCAACCAUGUACAACCCCAUCAUCUACUGCUGCCUCAACAACAGGUUCCGGGCCGGCUUCAAGCGUGUUUUCCGAUGGUGUCCCUUCGUCCAGAUCUCAAGCUACGAUGAGCUGGAGCUCCGAAACACAAGACUUCGACCGGGUCGCCAGAGCAGCAUGUGCACUCUCUCUCGGGUCGACACCAGCAUCCUCAGCAAAGACAAGAGCACUUGUUCACGUGGACACAGGUCACGACUCACCUCUGAGCCCAAUAAUAAGAACAGUUAGUUGUCUCCACUGGACACAAUCCAGCUCACUAGGCUCAUUUGACACAUUUUUUGAGCUGAUUGGACUUUUUCGUGUUCUUAAAGAGCUGAUAAUGUUAAUUAAGUCUGAUGGUCGUGGUGUACGUUUAGAAAUCUGGGCAUAGUGUU